AUGUCUCUGGUGCAGCAUGUUUCUGUCAUCGACGGUGUGGAUCGUGAACCAGAACCAGACGUAGCAGAAGACUUUGUAUCCAUUCGCAGAAAAAUCAGCUACGAUGUCCUACAGCCUCCAACAGAGGGUAUCCCGGUCGCAGAGCUGCGUCCUGGAACCCCAGCUUACAAGCAUUCCCCCGUGAAGCGGAUAGUGCAGGUUGUGGUGACCGUGCUCGCGUGCUGGCUCGCGUCGGGAAUCGUGUUUGGCUUCGCGGCUCUGAAACCGGUUCUCGUUGAAGAAGGUGUUUACCACGAGCGCUGCACGCCAGCUGAAAUAGAAGAAGGUCUUGAAUUGUGUUCUCAGCAAGACCUGAGACUGAACCUCUUUUUCACUAUUGCGUCCAUCACCGCCAAUGUGUCCGCCUUGCCAGUGGGGACCAUCCUGGACCGCUGCGGCUCGCGAGUUUGCUGGCUAAUUGGGUCUGUAUUGCUUGCCAUCGGCGGGGUGGUUAUGGGCUUUGCAUUCCACAUCCCCAGCUUCGAUGGGUACAUCCCGGGGAAUUUCUUCCUUGCACUGGCAGGAACAUUCAUCUUCGUGCCAUCGUUUCAAAUCGCAAAUGCAUUCCCCAAAUACGCGGGGACGAUCGUCGCGUUGGUGACGGGUGCAUUUGACGCGUCGGCCGCUGUCUUCCUCUUCUACCGAGUCAUUUACGAGGCCACCGGGAGAACAUUCACGCCCGACAAGUUCUUCCUGGGCUAUCUUAUUGUGCCAGUAUGCAUCCUACUUACAGUUGUGACCAUAAUGCCUGCGAAAGAUUAUGUUUCAACACUGCAAUUAGAAAAUAGAAUCGAAAAGGCAGAAGAUGCCACGCGCGACGUGCACGACUCCGACGACGAGAUCGAGAGCACAGCCGAGCUGAACAAGGUGCGCAGGAAGCGUGCCGAACAGCGGAAGAAGAAAAUUCGACAGAUCAACGCCGUCUUGGGCGAUAAAGAUGAGCGCCAGAUGCGCGCCGACCGGGAAGAAGACCGUCAGCAGACAUCCUGGGUUUGGGGUGUGUUGCACGGUUUGCCGGCACACAAGCAGAUGGCAACGCCGUGGUUUAUUCUCAUUACAUUGAUGACAGUCCUCCAGAUGAUCCGCAUGAACUAUUUCAUUGCGACCAUCCGCUCGCAAUAUGAAUAUAUGCUCGGGUCGAUUGUUGAGGCAGACAAAAUUGGAAACUUCUUUGAUGUUGCAUUGCCAGUUGGUGGUGUUCUUUUCACGCCUGCUAUUGGCUUCUUACUUGAUCGUCUUAGCGUACCAGCCAUGCUGGGUCUCAUUGUUGUGUUCACCACUGUCAUCGGAGUUUUGAAUUCUAUCCCGGCUACUUGGGCUGGAUAUGCGACAGUCGUAUUGUUCGUUCUACUGCGGCCGCUGUAUUACUCUGCCAUGUCCGAUUAUACAACCAAAGUCUUUGGCUUUGCCACAUUCGGCCGCGUCUACGGGGCCAUUAUCUGUCUAUCGGGACUAGCGAAUUUCUCCCAAUAUGGCCUAGACGCAAUGACACACCGUACAUUCGACGGGAAUCCAAUCCCAAUCAAUGCCACCUUGGCAGUUGCGGGAUUUAUUGUGGGCAUGGCACUUGUGAUAUUCGUUUUCGUGGCUGUCCGCCGGUUGAGAGAACAAGACGCAGCAGAUGACGAGGAAAGGGAGAGAUUGCUCCAGUUCUUGGAAGAGGAGGAGGAAUACGAGAGUGACGAGGAGUACCGGUGA